CAUCAAACCUCCUUCCCUUUUGAUCCCCAUUUCCGCCACCAUGGCUCUUCCGAUCCCCUCCUCAACCGAUGCUGCACAGCCACUGCUCAGUCAUCAUCCAGACAUCUUUACCAUCGUCUGCUUCAACUCGAGCUUCCAACUCACACUCAGUCUCGCCACAAUCAAGGGUCUGCUUCUCGUUUGCAGACGAGCCGAGCCGCUCCUGAGCUCCAAGGUGGCUCGUUUUCGACACUGGUGUCGGGCGGCACAUCUCUGUCAUCCAGAGAAAAUGCCGCUUCUUCGCCUCACGCCCUGCGAGACGAUCUCUCUCUCGUUUCACUUCAACGAGGCGGCUGCAGCCGAUCUGUCCUGGCUCGCAGAUCGGGCUGCCCAGGGAAGCGUUGCUGCCUUAUACUUCCUGGCGAGAAUUCUGCUGUCUGAAACUGAACAAGAAGAGGAAACAAGGCGUGAAUUGAAAGCCAUAUUUGUUGAAUCCUCUGUGUCGUAUCCCGAGCAAAUCUUCCUCCUAUUCAGAAGGGCUGCAGAGGUCGGCCAUCCAGGAGCAAGUUUCCAUUUGGCCGAGUGCUACCAAAGCGGCUUUGGUGUCGAUCAAAAUCAUUCCAAGGCCUUCGAGUUGUACCGCCAUCUUGCGGACCAAGGGUUGACACAAGCCCCUCAGGCCAAACUUGGCCGAUGCUACGAGAGCGGGGAAGGUGUUGAGCAGGCCCUGGAUACUGCUGUCGAGUGGUAUAUCCAAGCCUCCGAUCAAGGGGAUGUCGAUACCCUGCUCCGAAUCGCAUUCCUCCGUGGCUGGCUUGCAUUCCUCGGUCAUGGUGUCGAGCAGAGCGACGAUAAUGCAUUCCACCAUUGGCAGGAGGUCAGCACCAAGUCUACCGACUCGGAUACCAAGCCCAUCGCUAACUAUAUGCUUGGAUGGAUGCACUGCCUCGGUCGAGGCACUGUACAAGACAGGCCGGAGGGCACCAGAAUACAACGCAACAACAGGUCUGACAAGUUCCCUCUAAGCGAAGAGGAUGCUCUGGCAGGAUACGAUUGUUUCUCCAACUCAUCCAUAUCUCGCAAGUUCUUCAAGCUAUGUCAGUAUGGAUCGAACCGAGACUGGCUCUGCAAGCAUCUCAUGGGCGUGUGUCUGCUCCAUGGAUUUGGAGUCUCGAAAGACUGGACGAAGGCAGCGGAUAUCUUUGAUCAGCUCGCCAACGAAGGCCACAGCGAUAGCCAGUAUUGGAUUGGCCAAUGUUACUUCCAAGGCUGCGGAGUUACAAGGGACUUGCUGGCGGCCUUUCAAUGGUGGAGCAGGUCGGCAGAUCGGGGCAACUCGAAUGGCCUAUGGAUGGUGGGGGGAUGCUACUUUCGUGGAUGGGGCGUAACCAAAGACUAUACCAAAGCAGUCGAGUGGUUCCGGAGGUCGGCCGAGCAAGGCAAUUGGAGAGGGCAAUUCUGGCUAGGAUGGUGCCACAGGCAUGGCAUUGGUGCGCCAAAGAACAUAACCGCUACCGCCUAUUGGAUUCAAAAAGCGGCCGACCAAGGGUUUGAACUGGCGAUCACUGGUCUGAAGCACCUGAAAGUAACUCCGCAUAAAGGCCCUCCAAUACGCUAGAUUGUAAUCGCGUUCCUGUAUUACGAAUCGGAAUGAUGAAUCAAGAUGGUCGCCAACCGCCUUCGAGUGACUCGAGUGUCAUUCCUUGAGAGCGUGAUGGGAUGUUGGGGCCGAUGAUAACACGCUUGAUGAUGAACGGAUGAUUCGAGGUAUACUUCACAAGGCUUUCUGCACGCUCCGUCAGGUUUGGGAGGGAAGCCUCCGACCCUCCAGAGGAACAUUCUUCGGGCUUGAGCAACUGAUAUCACUGGCAUCCGUGCGGUCAGGAUAGGGUCUCCAU